UGCAUAAAGUAAUCUAUCUCGUGUGGAAUGUAGAACACAUAUUAAACGAAGUAAAUACAGAGGUGCAUGUAUGUAAUACAAGAUUCUCUAUGUAUAUAUUUUUGUAUACACGAUUUUGUAAAACAACGUUUGUUGAUGUUUGUAAAUCCAUAUUACACGUUGAUGUUCCGAGUUAAACGUGAAUCAAAACAAGCGAUGCUGAAGAAGAUCGCGGAUCAUUCUAUUUCGUUCAUGAUUUACCAAUCCCAAACACCACGGAAUUCCGAAUCUUGUCGUUCUUUUCUUUUAUCUCGUUCGCCAAAUCGCCAGUGAAAACAAUCGUCGUCUUCAAUCUGCAACUGUUUCUAGGAAGAUUAAGUUGUUGAGCUUCCGAAAUGUUUUUUAAGAAGAUGAUCUAAGACAACUUGAAAAUCGUCUUUCAUUUUCAACAUUUAUGCAACAUUGGGAAUGUCAGAAUGUUUAACUCAACCUGUAUUUGGCGAUAAUAAGUGUGUAUUUUGUAGCAUACGAAUAUACGAAUUCAAAAAUUUGCGAUAGGAAAUGUCUUACAGUGAUGGCGGGCGUCCAAUUCGGAAGUAUGGCACAAAGUCGCCGAAAAAGUUAUGCGUGACGAAGAAUGAAAAUAGUGAUAAAACAACAACAACCAUUAACUGCAAUAAUCAUCACCAUAAUCAUUACCAUCAUAAUCAUCGCUUUCUCGACACCCCUCAGCCGUCAGUACACAAACGUAAUCUCUAUAUUGUUUCUUUUCCUUUGAUACUGCUGUUCAAUGUUCUGAGGACACUUCUUUAUCAGUUAUUUGUGGUAUUUAAGUACUUAUAUACAUCUACAUCUCAGCUGAUUCAACGAAGACAAGCUUGCAAGCAGACCUGCCAGCUAGAGAUCGUAGUUGGUCAAAAGUCUAGUGAAAAUUUAAAUAAUAAUUUAAAUAAUCCUGGGCAAACUGAGAACGAGGGAAUGUCGCAAGUGCCUAGAAGGCAGGUUGGUCCUGGCCCUGGAGACCCAUUACUUGCAAAACAAAAGCAUCAUCAUCGUAGAGCUUUUGAAUUUAUUAGUAAAGCACUUAAGAUUGACGAAGAUAAUGAAGGCCAGAAAGAAAUGGCAAUUGAACUUUAUAAGAAGGGAAUUGGAGAAUUAGAAAAAGGAAUAGCUAUAGAAUGUAAUGGUGGUCGAGGAGAAGUAUGGGAACAUGCACAAAGACUUCAUGAUAAAAUGCGCACUAAUUUGGCAAUGGCAAAGGAUAGACUUGAUUUUCUUGUGAGUGUGUGUGAGCUGAAAAAACUGGAUAUCUGCAAUGAAUAUCGUGCUCCUGGAAAUAAAAUGGACAACGAACAUCCAGGAAAGAAUCUGAGGGUCCGACGCAAUAUACACACAUUACAAACAACUCGAUCUUCUUUAAAUACAAAUCAUACUAAAAACACAAACAGUACACAAACAGUGAACAUAGGGCAGAAUACAUGUACCCAAAUUCCCAAGUUAAGGCCACGUUCACCAAAAAACUAUUCUGCCCAUUCUGAAGCAUCUGGAAGAAAAUUAUCUGUUCCUGGAAAAAGAGUGGGGACAGUUAUAAGCAAAAGUCAAACAUUACCACGCAGCAUGGGACGCUCAACACCAGUACAAUCUUGUCAUAGAGUUACACCUAUUAAACCAUCAUCUACGCCACCUUCUGUAAAAAGACAAUUAUCAGUACCUGGAAAUGGUUCACCUGUUAGGAGACCAGGAACACCAACUACAUCAAACAGUAAUAGAGGAACACCUACAAGAAAAGUACCUCUUUUAAAAGGUGUAGAUCCGAAACUUGCACAAGUAAUUUUAGAUGAGAUUUUAGAAGGAGGUGCAGCAGUACAUUGGGAGGACAUUGCUGGUCAAGAAACUGCAAAGCAAGCAUUACAAGAGAUAGUCAUCUUGCCUUCAUUAAGACCAGAAUUAUUUACUGGCUUACGAACACCGGCAAGAGGUUUAUUAUUAUUUGGUCCACCAGGAAAUGGAAAGACAUUGCUUGCACGUGCUGUGGCUACCCAGUGCAACGCUACAUUUUUUUCAAUAUCUGCUGCUAGUCUUACAUCGAAAUAUGUUGGAGAAGGAGAAAAGCUAGUACGAGCUCUUUUUGCUAUAGCACGAGAAUUACAGCCAUCUGUGAUCUUUGUUGACGAAGUGGAUUCGUUGUUAAGUGAACGUAGAGAUAAUGAACAUGAAGCUUCACGGCGAUUGAAGACGGAAUUUUUAGUUGAAUUUGAUGGUUUGCCAUGUAAUCCAGAAGAAAGGGUAUUAGUUAUGGCUGCUACAAAUAGACCUCAAGAAUUGGAUGAAGCUGCAUUAAGGAGAUUCACAAAGCGAGUAUAUGUUACGUUGCCAGAUUUACGAACAAGAAUUAUGUUACUGAAGCGACUUUUAGCUAAACAUAAUGAUCCUUUAACACCAGAAGAACUAAAUGAGAUGGCAGUUUUAACUCAGGGCUAUUCUGGAAGCGAUUUAACGGGUUUAGCAAAGGAUGCAGCACUUGGCCCUAUUAGAGAACUUAAUCCAGAUCAAGUAAAAGAAUUGGACCUUAAUUCCGUACGCAAUAUUACAAUGCAAGAUUUUCGUGAUUCGCUUAAAAGAAUUCGUAGAUCAGUGUCACCUGCAAGUUUAGCAGCUUAUGAAAAGUGGAGCUUCGAAUAUGGUGAUGUAAGUCUAUGAUUUUUAAGAAUUAGUUGAUGCACAAGGCUGGAAAAUAAGUUACACUAAAAUAUCUGCACAUUCUAAAAAAAAAAAGAAAAAAGGAACUUAAUGACGGAAAAUGCAACAAAAAUGAUUUUCUGCGAUAUUAAUUAUUACAGAGUGUAAAUAUAUCAGCUUUUACAUUUUCUAAGCUAAUUUAUAAAUGACAUCUAUAUACAAAAAGAAAAUGUUAUGAUAUUGCAAAAGGCACUCUUGCUAAGUACUGUUUUUUAAAUCAUAUUACAGCAGUAACACUGUAAUAUUACUAGCUUUAUAUUACAUAUAUAAUACAUUCUAUACUCCAUCCAGCAAUCAGGUAUUAUAGAUUUAAGUUUAAGUUGGUAUUACUUCAUACUUAUAUUACUACACUCUAAAGAUGUUGAUAUUAGAAUUCCAAUGUUUGUAGUUAUACUGUCUAUGUAGAUUUUGGUAACUUUUUAUUUCAUAUUUUGGUAAAUCAUGAACAUUAAUUUAUUAUUAUUUACUUUCUUGUUAUAUGAUUAUGCGCUAAUAAGUUUAGUAUAAAUUAUUCUAAUAAUGCAAAGAAGAAUGUAAUUCUACAAUUAGCAAUUACAAUAUGCACUUUAUAAUAAAAAGAGUAAUGUAAAUACUUAAUUACCAUUCAAGCACAAUUGAUUUGAAUAAUGUUAGCAGGAAGACUGUAUUUGCAUAUGAAACAGCUCACGUCCAAUCAGAUAAUAAAACAAUUACUGUAAUUGGGUGUAAAGGAUUAACUACUGCUAUAAUUAUGUUAUCAAA